AUCAGACAGAUGAACCUAGAGCCGAUCCCAGAGGGCAUUGAGGAGGAGAUGUACGAUGGCGUGGCUGUCUCUUUAAUCUGUUGAUUAUGCUUUAUUUAAUUAACUUUAAUGCUUAUUACGUUUUCGGGCAAGAUCCCAAGUUGUUUGACUUUAAAAAGGCUUCCGCAUUAUUUUAAAUUACUCCGAUGGAUUUUUAUAUGUAUUGAAAGAACGUUUGUUUAAAAUUGUUUUGAAAAUGUUGUAUAUUCGGAUACCAACCCAGUGGCACACCGGUCCGCUAUCUCACGGGUUUGGGGUACGCGGGUUGGGGUGUUACAUUUUGAAUGAGUCAAGAAUCGACCCACGGUCAGUACGUUCCGGAGCCGGAGCACGUGGCCUACGAGCAGAUGUUCCCGGCCAUAAUGGCCCAUUAUAUGCAGCACAUGGCGCAGCUUUUGCCCAUGUUCCAGCCAAGAUGGGGGAGCCCCAGAUUGCAUUGGAUUGGCUUGAGCAGAUGGACCGGGUACUCAAGAAUUUGAGAGUCCCAGAUGCUGAUCGCUCGGAGUUGGCGUCACAGAUGUUCCGGAAGGGAGCAUAUGAUUGGUGGAAGCGCAUUGACCAGGAUCCACACACGCCCAAGCCUUGGACCUGGGAUCGCUUUGAUCGAGCCUUCACGAAGGAGUACGUACCCACCCGGUACCGCGAGGAGAGGCGCGAUGAGUUCGUUGCGCUUAAGCAGGAGGGGAUGUCACUGCCUGAACUGAGACAGAAGUUCGACUACCUGUCCCAGUAUGCGACGAGUCUGGUCUCCACUCCGGAGGAUCGUUUGAAUGAGUUCGUCAAGAAGCUAUGGCCGGACUUGAGGCCGUACACCGCGCUGAUCACGACGAUAGAUUUUAAUGCGGCGUAUGAUUUGAUUGUGAAGACGGAAAAGAGCUUGGACGAUCUGCAGGCAACUAAGAAGGAGGAUCGAGCGAAGAAAGACCCGCGACCCGCGGCCAGCACCGGGCCGAGCGGGAAGAGUUUUGGAUUCGGGGGAAAGAGCGUCAAUGCUGAGCGGAUAGCGUUGUUUUCCUUUUUGCUGUCCGUAGGUGAUCAGACAGAUGAACCUAGAGCCGAUCCCAGAGGGCAUUGAGGAGGAGAUGUACGAUGGCGUGGCUGUCUCUUUAAUCUGUUGAUUAUGCUUUAUUUAAUUAACUUUAAUGCUUAUUACGUUUUCGGGCAAGAUCCCAAGUUGUUUGACUUUAAAAAGGCUUCCGCAUUAUUUUAAAUUACUCCGAUGGAUUUUUAUAUGUAUUGAAAGAACGUUUGUUUAAAAUUGUUUUGAAAAUGUUGUAUAUUCGGAUACCAACCCAGUGGCACACCGGUCCGCUAUCUCACGGGUUUGGGGUACGCAGUGGACGAGGAGGGGUGGGGACAUAUUCUCUGGAUCCUUCCAUAAAAGAACCGUAAGAAGGAAAAAAAACACCGUCUUCUCUGGAUCCUUCCAGAAACCGAUUGCCAAACAAUUAAUCCCUUUUAGACGCUUUAAAUAUACCAGGCCAUUUACCCUCUGAGAUUGCCCAAUCAUCUUCCUCUUCUUCAUCUUCUUCUUCUUCUUCAAUAAUUCAAUAAGAAGUUGGAAGUGCCUCUCUCUGAGCAAUCAUCGCCGCCUUUCCGUAAUCAGGGGUCUAUAUUCUCUUGAGUCUCUCGAAGCAGGGACUUCAAUAUCCAGAUCCUUGUUUGGCAGUCGGAAAAAUCGAGAAUGUCUCAUAUCCUCUUGAUAUGUUUCUCCUCUCUGAUUUUUUUUAAUAGAUCGAUCUUUUUUUGCUAUUUGGAUUGCCUAAAACUUUCGAAGGAAUGUUACUAACUCCGUCCCAAAAAUAAAACUCCCAGGUGGAUCGAACUUCAUCAAUUGUGUUUUUGUUUAUUUUCAUCACUAAUAUGAGAAUAUAAUAGUCAUAUCGCCCUGUUUUGUUGAAUUCUUAGAAUUUUGUGUAAAUUUUGCUUCAGUUUUUUUGAAUAUAUUAAAUUAACAAUAACUACAAAAAGUUAGAGUUUUAUUUUGGGAUGGAAGAAGUACUUGGCGAAAAUUGAUCUUGACUUGUUUCCGAAAUGACCCGCUAAAAAUGCUUUAAACCAGACUGACUUCAAAUCUGAUUUGAUCAAUCCGUUAACGUAAGAGAAGUGAUAAUCUAUAAUUAUCUUAUAUUUUUUCUUAAGUGGUAUAUAUUUAAUUUUGAAUAUUAUUCAUAAUAUUUUUAAACAUAUCUAAAAAGUAAUUAAAAGUUCAAAAUAAAAUAUCUCAAGGAUGUUAAUGUAUGUAUUUUUAUAUUAUGUAAUUUUUUCUAGUACAAAGUUUGAAUUUUAGUAUUCUAAAAAUAAGUUUCACAGCCCGUUGGGUUGAUUUGAAUUUGAUGAUAUGAUAUCGGGUCAUGAACAUAUAGUUUUUGACUCGAACCAAACAUAUUCGAAUUCGAUGCAACCCGAAUUUAAAAGUGACCGAAUCCGAUCUCACCGAUCGAUUUGCAAGUCCAGGAGGAAGUAGCUAUGAAGAUCCAUGGAAUUCUUGUUGAAACAAUCAUCAGCCUGUGAGAUGAUUUGUGUUGUUGAGCCUUAACGAAAGGGAACGGGGCAAUCAGAGGGAAAGAGACCGGGAGAGGGCACAAGCAAGGUCAGGCCAGAAGCCCAAGAACCCUAAGGAAGAUGGAUUGACCCCCGAGCAGAGAAGGGGGCGGGACGCCAAGGCACUACAAGAAAAGCUGGCCAGGAAGGCGGCGGCAUCCGGCGAUAGGGCUGCCGACAUCAAUAAUAAGAACAACAAGAAGAAAUGCUAAAAGGAAUGACUUUCCGCCAUUGUUGUCUAUAACUCAUCAGCUCAACUGCAAUGCAGUUUCAUCUUCCAUCUCUGCAUCAAUGUAGAAGGAGGCUAUAUAUACUUCCUUCUCAUAUUGUGUUUGGCGACUUAAGUGUUGCAACACAAUGGGGGUAGGUAGGACUUGUUUUACACUUUGUACGUUAUAAACGUUUACUCCCCAA